AUGGGUGUAGUGUACCCGGACAGUCUCUCUCACAGAACUGGCAGCCGGAAUAUCACUCAGAACCUUGAGAAGGAAAACAAGCCCCUGCCACAGACCUUUGCUCUGAAACACGGUUACACGGAUCAAUUCCUUCUCAAUAAAGUAUGGUUGCCUGAAUCUCCCUCAGGCCCCGGAGCACAGCGAGCCGCCCGCCGCGCCUCCUCCUCCCUUCCACCCCCCAGCUUCCCUCACACAGACGGCGGCGGUUUUCAGGCGGACCCCCGGGCCAGAGAACCCAAAUCUAAACUACUCAGCUUCCAGGAUGACGAGGAGGAGGAAGAAGUUUUUAAAAUAAAGAAAUCAAAUCACAGCAAGAAGAUCGUAAAACUCCUUAAAAAAGAAUUUAAAGAGGAUAAGGUGAAAACAAAGCCCAAGUCAGAUGUUCUCCUAGGACUGGAUGGAGAGAUCCCGGAUGCAGCCUUUAUCCAUGCUGCUCGCAAGAAGAGACAGCUGGCUCGGGAACUUAGAGAUGUUCCAUCUUUGGAUGUGGAUGGUGGUAAAAGGUUGGUGCGGGAGGAUGAGAACGAUGCCAGUGAUGAUGACGAUGAUGAUGAAAAGAGGCGGAUCGUUUUCUCAGUACGAGAAAAAUCACAAAGGCAGAAGAUAGCUGAGGAAAGUGGAAUCGAGGGAAGUGAUGAUGAAGCUCUGGCAACAGGGGAACAAGAUGAAGAAAUCAGUCGCUGGGAACAGGAACAGAUACGAAAAGGAAUUAGUAUACCACAGGUCCAAGCACCCCAACCUGCCGAGACAAAUAAUUUGUUCUACCCAAGCACUUACCAGGGGAUACCCUAUGGUUCAGCCUACAAUGUUCCUUACACCUAUUCUGCUUUUGGAUCUGCUGAAACAAAACCUCUAAAACCAGAUAAUUCUGUCUCUUUCAAAACUCCCCAUAAUGAGAUGACUUCUGUUACUAUUGAUUUGGUAAAGAACCAGCUUAAAGACAGCCCAAUUGUUGUGACUUUGAAAGCAUGAUGUGGUUUGAGUGUUUACUCUUCUAUGGCUGUGACGUGAAAGACGCAGGCAAGGAGGAUGCAGACAUUGCUCUAUUGCCAUCCUUGGUGAAAAAAGUAGUUCUCCCCAAGCUUACAGGUAUUGCUGAGAGCGUGUGGGACCCCUUCUCAGCUACACAGACGAAUAGACUGGCUGCCGUGAUGCAAAAGUUUAUACAUGGAUAUCCCAUGGUUUUAAAUUCUGGCAAUAAAAACAGGUAUGGGGCGGAGCCGGCGAGCGCAGCAGAUGGCCGCAUAGGAACACAGCUCCCGGCAAAACGAGUGUUCCGGAGCUCGUACAGCGGCUAUAGGGCACCAAAGAGCGGCGGUUUUGGACUCCACGAGUCGGGGAACACCUGCAGACCAUGCCGCGCAAACGAAAAUAGAGAACUGUCCCGGGUAAGAUGACAGACUUCUUCACUCUCACUGACCGCCGUAGCAGCCAAGAUGGCGCGGCAGCAGCCAGUCUCUUUCUACUGUGCUUAAACACAAGGCUCGUACAGGCUGGUCACCGGGCAUGACUCACCCUGCAUAUGCCAGUCAGAGACAAGCAACCUCUUAAUCCUCAUCUACUGCAAAUAGCCCUGCUAAAUCAAAGCAGAAGCUGUCACAGCAACCAUCGCCUAAUGUUUCUGAUGGGGACAUGUGCUCAGGGCUGGAUGACACCCUGGAGUUUCAAGACGCCAUUGCAGCUUUUCCCACAAACAAUCUGCCAGUAAUGGACUCCACUCUUAGGGACAUGUUGGUAUCCCUUAGGGGGGCUAUUCAUACAUGCUGCAGCUUAUGAAGCAUUGCAAAGCUGAAGUGCAGGAAGUCAGGGAUAGAGUAACACACGUUGAAAAGAAAAUGGGGGAAUUUUCUGAGUCUUAUAACACUAUGAUGGAUGCACAUAAUGAUCAUGAGGAGGACAUUGUAUGGCUUAAAUCAAAAGUAGCGGAUCUUGAAGAUCGUUCCAGGAGGAACAAUAUUAAAAUCGGGGGGAUCCCCGAAACGGUGUAACCGUCAGAUCUGACAGCCUUUCUGACCAAUGUCUUAAGAGAAGCUCUCCCUGACUUACCUUUAGAGGAUUUGGAAAUAGACCGCAUACACAGACUGCCCAAACCUAAGCACAUUCCUGAGCAUCUGCCUACAGAUACCAUCGCUAGGAUUCAUUAUUUUAGAGUUAAAGAGAAGCUGAUGUCUGUGGCAAGGAAGGCGGAAAAUAUUCCCGACUGUAUGCAAGGCCUAUCGUUUUUUGCUGACUUAUCUGCUCAUACCAUGCAAAGCAGGCGCAACCUGUUAACUAUAACAAAGCCACUCGGGAAUCAUAGGAUCCCCUAUCGCUGGAAUUAUCCUGCUACAUUGGUGAUAACUAAAGGUGAUCGGGACUUUCUGGUUUCUUCAGUGGAGGCGGGCAUCCGCUUGUUGGAAAAGUGGAAGAUAUUUCCAUCAGAGGAGGAGGAAGUCCAGUCCUUGCAUGAGAUGUCCAGUAAAUGAAGUUAAUGUGGUGUUCCUAAUUUCUACAUUGCCCUUUUGGUCUCACUAGAUAUGUUUUAUCCGGACGCUCUGUGCCGGUGCACAGGUUUCAUCUUUAUUUAUCUUUCUUUUUGUUACCCCCGGAUUCAGCAGGUGACAUCCCUGCUCAGAUUUAAAAAGGAAUUGCAUAUUUUUA